AGAUAUAGUGAAUGCAGGGUCUGGGGAGACCAGAUAUAGUGAAUGCAGGGUCCGGGGAGACCAGAUAUAGUGAAUGCAGGGUCCGGGGAGAGCAGAUAUAGUGAAUGCAGGGGUCCGGGGAGGCCAGAUAUAGUGAAUGCAGGGUCCUGGGAGGCCAGAUAUAGUGAAUGCAGGGUCCGGGGAGGCCAGAUAUAGUGAAUGCAGGGUCCUGGGAGACCAGAUAUAGUGAAUGCAGGGUCCGGGGAGACCAGAUAUAGUGAAUGCAGGGUCCGGGGAGACCAGCUAUAGUGAAUGAAGGGUCC